AACCCGGAAGCGACAGGCGGAAAUCAACAGAUCCACCACCUCACACUUCGAGCUGAACGUUUUCGGAAUCUGUUUUUUGUCCUGACAGGAAAGAGCAGCGGGGAGGUUGUAAAAAGGCGAUGCUGCGGCUGUGAGCGGACCGACACGGACGGAUGGACCGACGACCCAGCGGACAGUCCAGUCCCAGACUGCACAUUUAACACCGACUUAUGGCCCUGAUGCUCAGCUAGCUGAGGGAGACGGUGACGCAUCAUGUUUCUGAAGACGUCCUUCACCACCUUGGUCGUGGGGGUGUUUGUGGUGUAUGUGCUGCACACCUGCUGGGUGAUGUACGGGAUAGUGUACACCAAACCCUGUGAUCACCCCAAGGGGCACAACUGCAUCACCCCCUUCCUAGCAGGGAACCCAGAACUACAGCUGAGUGUCUACACCGCAUUACAGUCAAAUGCAAAUGGAGGCCAUACACUCAUCCACAAAGAGGAGAACUUUGAUGUCAACAGCAAGUUUGAAAGGAUAGUCAAUGUCUCCCUCCCUAAGAAGACUUGUAAUAAUGGAACUCUAUACGCGCUGAUAUUUGUCCACCAAGCCGGUCUCAGCCCGUGGCAGGACACACGGCAGGUCCACCUGGUGGCUCAGCUCACCACCUACAUGGUUCCAAAACCACCGGAAAUCUCUCUCAUAUCCGGAGAGGAUCAAACGGAGGAUCAGAAACAAGAAGCCCAGAAGAAGAAACAGCAGGACGGCAACCCGACAGCAGGAACCGGGGCUAAAGAUGAUGCCACUUCUUCAUCCGAUCGGCCCGUUUCUCACUGGCGCUCCCGCCUCACAUUCAACAUCGUCAGUGACCACUUCCUGUUUGACAGAGAGUACCUUCCCAGUGAUGUUCACAGAUACCUCCGAGUAUUCCAGAACGGGAAAAAGAUGGUGUAUCUACCUCUGCUGUUUGUUGACGAGCUCAGCAACCGGGUCAAAGACCUUGUGGAAAUCAACGGUACUUCCAUGGAGCUGCCUCUGACCAUCUCCUAUGACCCCAUCUCCCUGGGGAGGCUUCGAUUCUGGAUCCACAUGCAAGAUGCUGUUUACUCUUUGCAGCAGUUUGGUUUCACAGAGAAGGAUGCUGAUGAGAUUAAAGGAAUUUUUGUGGAUACAAACAUGUACUUCCUGGCUCUGACCUUCUUUGUUGCUGCAUUCCAUCUCCUCUUUGACUUCCUGGCUUUCAAAAAUGAUAUCAGCUUCUGGAAGCAGAAGAAGAGCAUGGUGGGAAUGUCCAGCAAGGCAGUGCUUUGGAGAUGUUUCAGCACCAUAGUGAUUUUCCUCUAUUUGUUUGAUGAGCACACAAGCCUCCUUGUUCUCAUACCUGCUGGGAUCGGCUCCAUCAUUGAAGUGUGGAAAGUGAAAAAGGCUUUAAAGAUUCAGGUUUUCUGGAAGGGAGGCAAACCAACAUUCCUGUUUGGAAAAUUGGAUGAAUCGGAGAGGAGAACAGAAGAAUAUGAUACUUUGGCCAUGAAGUACCUGUCAUACCUCCUGUACCCUUUGUGUAUUGGAGGGGCUGUGUAUGCGUUGAUAUUUCUUAGAUAUAAGAGUUGGUACUCAUGGUUGAUCAACAGCUUGGUGAAUGGCGUAUAUGCAUUUGGUUUCCUCUUCAUGCUCCCUCAACUAUUUGUCAACUACAAGCUGAAAUCUGUGGCCCACCUGCCCUGGAAGGCUUUCAUGUAUAAGGCGUUCAAUACCUUCAUCGAUGAUGUGUUUGCGUUCAUCAUCACCAUGCCGACAUCUCACCGACUGGCCUGUUUCAGAGACGAUGUGGUGUUUCUCGUCUACCUUUAUCAGAGAUGGCUCUACCCGGUGGAUAAAACCCGGGUAAAUGAAUAUGGAGUUUCAUACGAUGAGAAACCCAAAAAGAAAACCCACAAGGACUAGAAGGACAAGGGGCUCCCUGAAUAAAGGAGGAGUGAGUAGGAUUUGCUGACAUCUAGCAGCAAUGCUGCAGAUUGCAACCCUCUGACCACCCACUUACAUCAGUCUCCCUUAAACUGGCUGCUAAAAACGUUAGUGUGUCUUUUUAUAAGCCCUUUAUACUGCAAACGGCCCUUUAUAGAUGAUUACUAUGAUAAUUAGAUUUGUCUAUUCCGUGCAUACUGCACCAACCACAUCAGUGCAACAUGAUCAGGUUAUGGAAGAAUGUACUCAAAGUAAACAGAAAUUGCUCAUUUUUAAGGUAACAAAACCAUCUUAUUUUAAUGCUGUUCUUCGACAAUUGAUAUCUUAUUAAAUGUAUCCCCAAAUAGCCUCCUAAAUGUUGGUGUAACUUUCACUAACAAUCAAGUUCAGUGUAGUGAUUUGGAGAAGGCAUUCUUUACUUUAGCCAGCUGGCUGCAAAAAUAUUCUUGGGAUUUAUAACGUGUUCAAAUUGUCUUUAAUUGCAGGGUUAUAUGGAGCAACAUGUGCUUAUCUCUGCUCAGUUCUGUUCUGACUGACACCAAGGACUGUAACUUUACCAUGAUCAUCACGACACUGUUGGUUGUUACUACAGCAACGUGGGUGUACUAGAUUACAUUUUUGUCAAAGCGAAUUUUAAACAUUAUUUUACAUUUACAAAUUUCAGUUAACUGACUUAACUAACCCGCUUCAGUCCAAAUGUUUAUCAUGCCAGACAGGAUGACUGGAGAAUUGGAUUUCUUUUUUUGACAUAAAUGGCAUAAAAUCUGUUUUAAUUCUGGACUUUACUACGUUAAACUGUGGACUCGAGCAUUUAUGAAGCAUCAUUGUUUGUUUCCUUUCUCCUGCACAUUCAUAUUACUCCGUUAUCACCAGAUAUAAGACAUCGGGGCACUCAGAAGACUUAGUUUGAAGUUGUGAUUGAAGACUUUUUUGUUUUUGAUUUAGAAGCUGGUAAUUUUAUUUGUUACAGUAUCACAUGGCAGCUGUGUUAGGCAAACCUGGUGGGUAUGGAAACUAAAGGGAAUGGAUGAACUCAAAUAUAAUUCACUAUAAGUUUUUCAUGAAGAGGUGUUUAAUUAGUGAAGAGAUUUCAAAACUCAUGCCUAAUACCAUGAUACAACCAUGCUAUGAUAAAACAAUGUAUGUAUGUGUCUCAUUCGACAAACGCCAAGAUGAUUCUUUAAAUUCAUCUGUUAAAAAAAAAAAAAAAAAAGAAUAACUUGUACACGAGCCAGUGCUUUAAAAUGAACUGAGACUUGGAUUAAAAGUACUUUGACACAGGAAUCCAACAUCUUGCCAUGAUGAUGGCAGUUAAAAAAAAUCUUAAACUUCAGUGCAAAAACAGUUGAAGGCUGUGAUUUGAUUUUUUUUCCACAGAGAAUAUGAAUUGUAUGAACAUUCCAGAAUGUUAAGCCUAAAAAUUCCAGCCUUGUGUGUUUUCUUUUCCUGUUUGUUACAAAAUUGUAUUUUCAUUUUACCUGUAACUCAGCAGGGUCCUGCAUUCUGUUUUCUCCAUCCAUCCUAGUUUUGAAGUUUUAUUAUUAUUAUUAUUAUUAUAAUUAUAUAUAUGUUU